GUAGAGUCUGAAAUUAGUGACUGUAGAGACGAUAACGAGUGGACGAGUCUUUGUCAAAACUUAUUAAGGGAGCAUCAUGGAAUGAAUCACUUGGAUUUUCUAGAUAUGAUCAAGUGCAUCAUGGAACGAAGGAUGAGUAUGGAAGAAAGUGUUGAGACUGAAGCUGACCUAGCCGCUGGAGAAUCUGUUCUCAAAGAACUUAUUACUGUAUUCACUAAUAUUGGACUGGAGUCGAAACUAGCAGAAUCCUCUAGUUUACUUCAUCAAAUCAAUUCAUAUUUAGAGAACAGAAAAAUAUAAAUUUGUGCAAUGAAUAUUUUUAAUCUUGGAAUAGAAAACUUGAUAAUUUUGUUUCUGAAAGCAGUGGAUUUAUCAGAACAUUUCUUUUUAUAAUUAUCUGAAUUAUUUGUCAGUUUAAGAGCAAUUGCAUUUUUUCCAGCACAAAAAGAUGAAGAAUGUUAAGACAAGUCUAAAAUGAUAAAAGAUAAGAAAAUUCUAUUUCAGAAUAGAUAAGUGCUAAAAAUGGGAGUCAGCUAAACCUCUGGAAUAAAUCCUUAACAUGAGUCAGGACCUGUCAUCAGAUAUACCUAGACUCUCCAUAGGUGAGAAUGAAGAAAAUGAGACUGAGAUGAGUAGAAAUAAAUCCCCAUCUUCCAACCCUUCUGGGUUUCUGGAUCCAAUGGAUUCUCAUGAAAUAAGACCUGUUUCUCCAGACAGUGGCAGUAUGAGAAGUAUGAAUUCCUGUCGUACCGACCAAGAGCCUACAGAACGUGGCAAGAUGGAUGUGGUUGUAGUUCCAGCAACAAUACAUAGGUCUAACUCCCAGAUGGAUUCCAAUAUGGCGGCCUACGAUAUGUAUCGUCUUCCACGAGGUCUGGCUGUUAUUAUCGAUAUUGAGAUUUACGAGAAUGAUGUUCAAGAACGAAGAGUAGGUUCUCACGUUGACGUGAAGAACUUGUUCCAGCUGUUCGAAGGACUCAGUUUUGAAGUGGAAUUGUACCAAAAUUUGCAAUUGUCUCAGUUCCAUGAAGUGAUUACUGAGUUCCGGUCAAAUAAACAGCAUCUUGAGUCUGAUAUGGCGAUUGUUGCUAUCCUAAGCCAUGGCAAGGAUGGUAUUGUUUACGCUGCUGACGGACAGAGUAUAGAUAUGGAGGGAAUUUAUGAACUCUUUAACAACAAGAACUGUCCCUUACUACAGGGAAAGCCCAAAUUCUUCAUAGUUCAGGCUUGUCGUGGGGAUUACCCUGACCAGGGUGUAGAAAGAGAAAACGAACGACCAGCGGUUGCCAAGAAAAGAAGAGCGGCAGGAUUAGACAGAAUCCCAAACACACCAGAUGUCAGGGGCAUAGGCAGAGCCAGACCAACUUGGGAGGAUAUGAUAAUUGCAUACUCAACAAUCCCUGGAUACGCCUCCUUGAGAGAUCAUGAAAGAGGAACAUGGUUUAUUCAAUCUCUUGUAGAAGUUUUUAUGUCCCAUGCGCACAACACAGAGCUAGUGGACUUGCUCAGGAUGACCAGCGAGCGACUCUCUCACUUCUCCAACGAGCAGGGGGAGAAGCAGACUUGCAAUGUGGAAAUGAGACAUCUCUACAAAAGAAUUUAUUUUAAUCCAGGUAACCUUUCUAAUUGAUAUUUAUUUUAUUUU